AUGGAGUCAUUGGUGAAUAGUAUGUAUGAUGUAUCGGCCGCGGAUCGGGAGUCCUUGACCACUGGACAACCCGCAUUAGCGAAAUUACAGAUGCUGGAGAAAAUCCGCGGAAUUCUUGUUAAGCAGGCUUGGCAAGAGCCUUUCAUUGAGGCUGGAGGACUCUCCGCGAUAGCCGACUGGCUUGCUCUUGUUGGUGCAAAAGGGGCGCUGCCAAACUACAAUGUCCGUAGAACGCUCUUAGAUUUACUCAAUAACCAGCUCCUCCCUCAUAUAACAUUAGAUGUCUUGAAGACAAGUCGAGUUGGCUGGGCAGUGAAGGACAUGUACUAUCACAAGGACGAGACUACUGAGAACACUGUUAUCGAGGAACAACUCAUCCAGCACUGGCUCAAGCUUAUCCAGAACCAAGGGAAUGAAAGUCGAGGCAACAUAUCGAA